AUGGUUACAAGCGAGACGACAUCUAAUGGACUGAUCCAGUCCAUUGCAGGUCCGGUCGUCACAGCAACUAAUAUGACCGGGUGCUUCAUGUUCGAGGUUUGCUAUGUGGGAAAAGCCCGUUUGAUUGGGGAAAUCAUCCAACUCAAGGGGGAUUCGGCUGUUAUCCAGGUCUAUGAAGAUACCUCUGGGCUAGAAGUUAACGACGUCGUCUACAAAUCCGGACGCCUACUUUCUGUCCAUCUUGGUCCCGGUUUACUUUCGUCUAUUUACGAUGGAAUCCAGCGCCCCUUAGAGAAGAUCGCACAGAUUACUAACUCCCACUUCAUCCCGCGAGGAAUUUCUGCGCCAGCCUUGGAUCUAGAGAGGAGAUGGACGUUCAGACCGCUUGUCAAGUUGGGGGAUCUCCUAUCUGUGGGUGACAUCUUUGGCAUUGUUCCAGAGAACGAUCUUCUGGAGUGCAAGAUAAUGCUACCAGAGUAUGGAUUCAACGAGGCUACAAAUGAGAAAGCGAACAUUCCAGGCGGAAAGGUUGUUAAAAUAGCGCCUGCGGCUACCGACGCAUACACAGUCAAAGACGAAGAAAAGAUCUUGGUCCUGGAAUACGCCGGACAAAGGUAUUACUACGGCCUGGCCCACUACCAUCCUGUUCGUUCGCCUAAGAAGGUCUUUAAGAAGCUGCCGUGCAUAAAUCCCUUGAUAACAGGCCAGAGAACGUUGGAUGGACUCUUUCCCCUUGCAAUAGGAGCCACCGCAGCGAUCCCAGGAGGUUUUGGGUGUGGGAAGACUGUCGUGAGUCAAUCCAUCAGCAAGUAUGGUAACACAGAUGUCAUUGUCUACAUUGGCUGUGGAGAGCGCGGUAAUGAAAUGGCUGAGAUCCUCACAGAUUUCCCCGAAAUGACAUUCGAGGCUAAGAAGCGCGUUAUCGGGCCAUCUGGACAGCAAGAGAUUAAAACGGUUGUAUCCGACAUUUUCAGCCGCACUGUGCUUGUCGCGAAUACGUCUAAUAUGCCCGUUGCAGCCCGUGAGGCUAGCAUCUACACAGGAAUCACGAUUUCUGAGUUCUUCCGUGACCAAGGGUACAACGUCACUCUUCUGGCCGACUCUACUUCCCGCUGGGCUGAGGCACUGCGAGAGAUCAGCGGGCGCUUGGGAGGUAUUCCGGGAGAAGGCGGCUAUCCUGCUGAUCUCACCUCUAAGCUUAGCCACUUCUAUGAGCGUGCUGGACGAGUCAUUUGUCUGGGGAAUUCCAAUGGUGCGUGGAGCCCAGAGAAUAUCCUUGAUCCUACGUCUGGAGCUAUCUCGUCAACCGAACAAGGUCUCCUGCAACCCGGCCAGCGUAUCGGCUCUGUGUCGGUGAUAGGUGCUGUUUCCCCGGCUGCAGGAGAUCUUUCUGAUGCAGUCGCCGUCAGUACACUGGCUAUAGUCCAAGUUUUCUGGGGACUCAGCAAGAACCUGGCGAAGCGCAAGCACUUUCCAUCCGUCGAUUGGCUCAUUAGCUAUUCCAGAUGUACUGAGACUCUUGCGCCGUGGUACAACGCUAGAGACAUCAGCUUCUUGACCAAUAAGGAAAAGGCGAAGACUCUUCUGCAAAACGAGGUGGCCAUCCAGGAAACCGCGCAGCUCGUUGGCUAUGAUAGCUUGGAUGAUAGCGAAAAGCUUAUUCUCGACGUCUGUAACCUAAUUCAAGAGGGCUUUUUGCAGCAGAACUCCUACACGGUGUACGAUAAGUUCUGCCCGUUUAUAAAGACUGAUCUGAUGCUUCGUAACAUUGUUCAUUACUACGAGUCCUGUAAGACGGCUCUGGGGCAGGGACACAGCUAUCAAGAGCUUAAGAACAGCCUGGAAAAGCUCAUUACAGCUCUUUAUAGGAUGAAGUUUAUAGACACUAAUACUAACGGUAUCGAGUACGGCGUCACCGAGUUAGACAAACUCCACGCCCAGAUCACUGCAGCAUUUGACGCGCUGUAA